AUGAAGCUCUCCACUAGUAUCCUCAGCAGCGUGCUGUUCGCUUCUGCCGCUGUUGCCGCUCCUUCCACUCUAGCGGAAAGAGUUCAAGCACGAAAGGAACGUCGUGCCAAUCCAGGCUCUUCUCACCUCCCUAUCCCGGCUCCAGAUUCCGCCGGAUUCGCAACCGAGCCUGGAAAUGCUACAUUAUACUACACCAACUGGUCAGGAGGCAUCAUCCAGUCACCACCAUCCGGAACUACCUUCUUUGCCAUCGAUGGAAGUUUCGUCGUCCCAGAGCCCGCUCCUCCCGUCUCCGGAGCUGGCACGUGGUACGGAACCGCCUGGGUCGGCAUCUACGACAACAACGCUAUCCUGCAGUCAGGCGUCGACUGGGGCGUGACAGUCAGUAGCUCGGGUGCCUAUUCGUACCAAUACAACGCUUGGUGGGAAUGGUAUCCCAACGGCUGGACCGACUACAACCUCGUCGUCAACGCCGGAGACCAAAUCUCCGUCCUCUGCGAUGCUGGCUCGACAUCUUCCGCAAACUGCUUGACAGUCAACCAGAACACUGGGGAUCAAGUCAGUCAGACUUUGACUGCACCAUCUUCUAGCUCGACGCUCCAAGCUACGUCGGCCGCUUGGAUUGUCGAGGACUUCUCGUCUGGGGGGUUGGUGCCGUUUGCGAAUUUCGGGACGGUCACGUUUACGGACUGCACUGCUGUUGCCGGAGUGAACUUUGCGAAUGGGCAGAAUUUGUAUCCGAACUCGGGGACGGCUACUCCGGCUGAUAUUGUUGCGUCGAGUGGGUCUGUUAUUACUGCUGUUACGUUCCCUGAAGAUACGUCGAAUAUUGUGGAGGUUACUUAUAUUUAGAAGAAGACAGGGCUGGAGAAGUGUUCUCGACAAAGCUGGGCAAUAAUGAGGUGCGACAAUCAGAGCAAUGAAUAGGUAAUUUCUUGUAGAUAAUUCAUCAAUAUUUCAGAGAGCUAUAUGAGCGAUCCACUUAUCGAGCCUCUUGAUCUUCUCUUCUUUGAAUUACGUGGCUUAGAUACCAGGUAUCACGCGCGAAAAGUAAAGCAUAGGUCGAAAACACUAAAACCAUACAGCAUGGAGCGUACUCAAAUGAGAUCAAACAGGAGCAGAUAAUCCAAAUGCAGACAACAGAUCCAAGAGCCCAAAUUCCCACUCCAACACAUCAAGACACUCAUCCUGAUACCUCGAUCACCGAACAUGAACCCCGUCAUCCCUCGAAACCCAACCCCGCACCUGCAAUGCCAUCGUGACCUACAUCACAGUAUGAAUUUAUAACAAAAACCCCAUCUCCGCAACAAAGCGAGCAUCGUGAUGCGCACACUGCAUCAAAAUGUGG